CCACCGGUAUCGCCAUCGUCGAGUGUUCUGUUUUGGUUUCGCGACAUUUAUCUACUCGGUGUGCUAUCUGUGCCAUAUUACGUGGCGUAGCAUAGCUCCACAAUGCAGAAAUUUCGUGUAGCGCUUCUUCAACUGGCUGUAAAGGCGAAUAAGAGCGAAAACCUCGAGCGGGCACGCCUGAAAAUAAAAGAAGCCGCAGCUAACGGAGCCAAGUUGGUAUGUCUCCCGGAAUGUUUCGCGUUUCCGUACGGUGUGCAGUAUUUUCCGCAGUAUGCCGAGUCGAUUCCGGGUGAAACUAGUGAAAUGCUCUCGAAAUGCGCUAAAGAGAACUCUGUUUACCUAAUUGGUGGUUCACUGUCCGAAAGCGAAGACGGCAAACUGUACAACACUUGCUUGGUGUACAACCCGGAAGGCACGCUAGUUGCGAAACACAGAAAAGUUCACCUCUUUGACAUCGACAUUCCCGGAAAGAUAACAUUCAAGGAGUCGGACAAGUUCACAGCAGGGAGCUCCCUGACCACGUUUGACACACCUUUCUGCAAAGUCGGUGUUGGAAUCUGCUACGACCUGCGCUUUGCUCCUAUGGGGCAAAUUUACGCUCAGCACGGUUGCAAGCUGAUAGUGUACCCCGGGGCUUUCAACAUGACGACAGGACCACUGCAUUGGGAACUGCUUCAAAGGGCAAGGGCUGUCGAUAAUCAAGUUUACGUUGCUUCGGUUUCACCUGCGAGGGAUGAGAGUGCCACCUACGUUGCGUGGGGUCACAGCAUGCUCGUGAGUCCCAUGGCUGAAGUCGUCACUUCCGCGGACGCCAGUGAGGCCAGUGUUGUUGCAGAUGUCGACCUGGAAUAUUUAGAGACCGUGCGACAGCAGAUACCCGUCACAAAGCAGAAGAGGGACGACCUGUACAAAGUCAUCGAAUGCAAGGGCGUGGAAAAGCUGGGAUAAGGAUUGGUUGAUUUUGUGAAUUUGAUGCGGGUGACUUGGGGGUGUUGCGAAGAACUGUGAGACAGAACACAGGAGGGGGCGACCGCUGUGCGUUGACUGAUUUUCCGAGAAGUGGUGUACGAUGAGCUACAUUUAUAUUGAAUAUAUUAGUAAAAGGAGAUUGAACUGG